AUUUCAGUUCAACGGAAUGAAGCUCUAAGCACAACGCCAACACAAUGCCAUCUUUACUACUGUCACAAUGUAUGCUGAGGACGGUAUGUCGACGCUCAAGUUUUGCUGCAGCAGUACGGAAAGAUAGGAAAAAACAAGUGAUAUCGCUCGAUCAAAAUGCAAAGGAGAAUGAACGUGGCGAUCGUGGGGGAGAAAGAGCUGAUGGUGGAGGACGCGGCAGAGUCUUCUCUGCUGGAUCCAUUGCUAUGCUUAUUAUUCCUGCCACCACAUUUUGCCUCGGCUGUUGGCAAAUGUAUCGCCUUCGCUGGAAACUGAAUCUGAUUGAGCAGCUGAAGCAGCAGUUAAAUGAACCCGCAGUGGAUUUUCCGCUUGAUGAUCUAUCAAAGCUAAACAAUAUGGAAUAUCGACGAGUACGGCUCACAGGAGAGUUCCUACACGAUAGAGAAUUUCACAUUGCUCCUCGUGGGCGAUUUGAUCCUGGCCACGAAGAGAAGAGUGCAGGCUCGCUGCUAUCGAGCGACAAUUUAUCCAGCCACGGAGCUCAUAUCAUAACACCAUUUCGCAUCGCUGGUUCCAAUCUUAUAGUAAUGGUAAAUCGGGGAUGGGUUCCGGCAUCUAAAAUCUCAGCUUCAUCACGUGCGGCGUCUCAACCGAAGGGAGUUGUAACACUAGAAGCUGUGGUUAGGAAGAGUGAAAAGCGUCCACAGUUUGUCAGUGAUAAUGUGCCGGAAAGGGGACUAUGGUUCUAUAAAGACUUCGACCAAAUGGCUAAACAGUACAAUACGGAUCCAAUUUACCUUGAAGCGGUUUACGAGUCCACUAUUCCUGGUGGCCCCAUCGGUGGACAAUCGAAUGUGAACGUCCGGAAUGAACAUUUGCAAUAUCUGCUCACAUGGUUCUCUCUAAGUGCUAUCACGUUAGCAAUGUGGGCGAUGCGAUUUAGAAAAUAGUGUAUAUUUUUUAUGUGUUCAGUAUUGAU